ACAUUUGUUUAGCUAGAGUAGGCCCUAUUCAACAAUACGUAGGCUACUACCCUUAAAAUAAAAUGCACCGUUCACUAAGCAGGCUGUGAUUAUCCACUGGUGUGCAAGCUGAUAAAUACCUUUAUUUGAUAUGAAAGGCGAAACGUGCAACCAGGCAACAUUAUGCAGACGUCCCCUCAGCCAACCUUCGCGGAGAGUGGUUUUAUUUUUAGACGGCCCCUAAAUAGGUGGGAGUUUCUCUGCUUUCUUGGUGUUGAAGGAAAAAGAAGCAUCCUCCCCACCAGACGCAACGAUAAGGGGUCUUUGUAAGGUAUGCCUGCUGCUCCGCCUCACCCCGACCAGAGACACUGAUGGCGGACCCUGAGCUGUUUGUGACCCGGCCGCCCUCCCCCAUGGGGGAGGGCCGGGAGGUGGACCUGGAGGUGCUGGGCUUCCUGGAGUCCCUGGGGGGGGGGAACAGCACUGCGGAGCGCUGCUACCGGGCCCACUCCCGCAGCAGCGUGCUGCAGGGCCUGCCCUUCGGAGGCGUGCCCACCGUGUUGGCCAUCAACCUGGUGCUGUGGAUGUUACUUCUGCUGAUCUUCUCGUGUCUGAGGAAGGCUGCGUGGGACUACGGGCGUCUGGCUCUGCUGAUGGAGAACGACAGUCUCACGUCCCUGUUCUAUGGAGAACCCGGCGAGAAGGAGAAGUCUCCUUCAGAGUCCAGCCCGUCCGAGUCUGAGAUCAAAGACAUGGGUUUCUGCGCGUGGCUGGCAUCACUUUGCCAUAUGAAGGACGAGGAGAUCCGCAGCAAGUGUGGCUUGGACGCUGUGACCUACCUGUCCUUCCAGCGCCACGUCAUCCUGCUCAUGGCCGUGGUCUGCCUGCUCUCCCUGGCCGUGGUCCUGCCCAUCAACCUCUCCGGCGACCUACUGGGAGACAGUCCCGAAAACUUUGGAAGAGCAACAAUGGCCAAUCUGAGUGAGAAGGACGGAUUUCUGUGGCUGCACAGCGUCUUCGCCCUGCUCUACUUCAUCAUCACCGUGCUCUGCAUGCUCCACCACUCGGCCAAGCUGCAGUACGGAGAGGAUGAGAAGGUAGCCAGAACCCUGAUGAUAACCUCCAUCCCUCGAGAGAUCUCCGACCCGGGACUCAUCACCAAACACUUCCAUGAGGCCUACCCCAGCUGCACCGUCACCGACAUCCACUUCUGCUUCGACGUGAACCAGCUGAUGAGGCUGGACCUGGAGAGGAGAAAGGCGAUGAAAGGCCGAUUGUAUUUUGCGACAAAGGCGCAAAAGGAGGGCAAGAUCAUGAUCAAGACGCAUCCCUGUGCGCAGAUCUUCUGCUGUGACUUCUGUGGCUUCGAACAGGUGGAUGCAGAGCAGUACUACAGUGAGUUAGAGGAAAAGCUAACGGAUGAAUUUAACGCAGAGAAGAAUCGCAUCCCUCUGAAGAGAUUGGGCAUCGCCUUUGUCACCUUCCGCGACGACAGGAUGACAGCAGUUAUCGUCAAGGACCACAGCCGCGUGCAUUGCCGCCGGCAAGCCCAGCAGUCAAGCAUCACCACUGUGGUGCAGUCGCACAACUGGGGAGUCACCUACGCCCCGGCCCCCAGUGACAUCAUCUGGGAGAACCUGUCUCUGUGCGGCUCCCGCUGGUGGCUCCGCUGUGUCCUCCUCAACAUCCUCCUCUUCCUCCUGCUCUUCUUCCUCACCACACCGGCCAUCAUCGUCAACACCAUGGACAAGUUCAACGUCACCAGACCUGUGGAGAGUCUCAGGAGCCCGGUCAUCACCCAGUUCUUCCCCACCCUGCUGCUGUGGGCCUUCUCAGUGCUCCUGCCCUUCAUCGUCUACUACUCGUCCUUCUUUGAGUCCCACUGGACCAGGUCUGGGGCGAACCAGAUCACCAUGCACAAGUGCUUCUUACUGCUGGUCUUCAUGGUGAUCAUUCUGCCGUCGCUGGGCCUCUCCAGCUUGGACCUGUUCUUCAGAUGGCUCUUUGACGUAAACUUCCUGGACGACAGGGAGGUCAAGUUCCAGUGUGUGUUUCUGCCCGACAACGGCGCCUUCUUCGUCAACUACGUCAUCACGGCCAGCCUGAUCGGCACCGCCAUGGAGCUGCUCCGCAUCCCGGCCUUGGCAGUCUACUCCACCCGCCUCUGUCUCGCCAAGUCCAAGGCGGAGCGCAUUCACCUCAAGCGGAGCCAGGCCUAUGAGUUCCAGUUUGGUCUGGAGUAUGCGUGGACCAUGUGUAUCGUUGCCGUCAGUAUGACCUACAGCAUCACCUGUCCCAUUAUAAUGCCCUUUGGGCUCCUGUACGUCGUCCUGAAGCACAUGGUGGACCGCUACAACAUCUACUACGCCUACGUCCCCACCAGGCUCAGCCAGCGCAUCCACCGGGCCGCCAUCGCCCAGGUCGUCGUGGCGCCCAUCCUCUGCAUCUUCUGGCUCCUCUUCUUCUCUGUGCUCAGACUAGGCCCAAUGCAUCCCAUCACGCUGUUCACCUUCUCGUCUCUGGUCUGCUGCGUGACCUUUGCCCUCUUCCGCCUGUUCCUCAGGAAGCAGCCGGACAAGUCGUCAAGCUACCCGAUGGCUGACCAACCGACCGAGGCAACUCUGAGUGACAGAGAGAGAAGCGCAGCCCCGCCCUCCACGGCCUCCAGUCUGUUCGUGGCGUCGGUGCUGCUGGAGCCCGAGCUGGGCCUGACCCCCAUGCCCUCCCCAGCCCACCAGAGCUACGGCGCCCUGGCCCGCUCCCAGAGCCGCUCCAGCCACGGCCCCGCCGAGGACGACAUGGAGGAGGGCGAGGAGGAGGCAGGGGGGCCCUCGGGGACCCACGAGACCCGGCUGCAGGACCCCCAGGACGGCCCCUACUGCUCUGUGAUGGACAGCACGGUGGGCUACCAGUGAGACCCGCUGGCCCCACGUCCCCCCCCCCCCCCCACCCUGCCGCGGUGCCACCACCGUGCUGCGUGUGUUGCUUCUCACCGUUUAGCCCCGCCCCCCAGCCCGGCCAACCCGCCUCAAGAGCCGCAGAGCAUCCGCUGCCCCUCGCCCAUAGGAACGCAUUUAGAAGAUGCUUGUGCCCUAACCCCACCCCAAAAAAGCUCAAUAAAAAAAAACAACGCCAAGACCAUCCACCUGGAUUUGAUACAUGAGCAUACGCUUAGCUAAGACGGGGAGAGACUCUUUGGUUCACUUCUGGAGAACGUCGCGACGAGGCCUCUGCCGCCGAGCGGAGGUCUUCUGUCUGUCAGACUGUGCGGCUCGCACAUGAGGUGAUCAGAAAGUUCCCAUCAGAAGCGCGCGCGUGUGUACGUGUGUUUGCGUGUGAUUGUGCAUAAGCCCCAGCACGCCCCGGCAGGAUGGCGUUGGCACGGGCAGAUCUGGUUCCUCGGUGGCAGGGCGAGGGCGAGGGCGACGGGUUUAGCAGAGCCAUCUGCAGUGAGAGCAGAAGGAGGACCGGCUCAAAGAGAUGGUGGAACAUGCCCUCUUUACAUGAGCCAUGUGAGGGUCGGGAGUGAGUUAGUGAGCGGUCCAUGAGGCCUGGUUGUGGUCGGCCACAUAAGGGCCACUGUUUUGCUAUUAAAUUCGAUGUGUGUCGUGUUAAUAUUGUUGAUUCGUGUUUCUUUGGUGGGUGGGUGGGUGGGUGGGUGCCUAUUGGGGUUAGUUUCAUCAUGCUUAGGGCUGUCUCAUCGUAGCUCAUCUGAGGACUCUGUAAUUAUAGUCUCACGUCGCCGUGGACUCGUCUGCUCUUAAUUUUUCCAAAGGAUCGCAAAGUGAAAAGGAUACCAUGUCUAAUUCAAUUCAAAUAUUUUGUAUCAAAACGGAAGUCACCACAAACACAGACAUUUGACCAUGAAUGAAAAUAUUUUGUUUACCCAUUGAAAGACCAAUAUAAUUUAGUUUUUUUGAUUUAAUGUGUAAUUGUUACUUGCUUGGGCUAUAAAUGUAAUAUUUACACAUCUCUCUUCGCCCACAUUAUCCAAGACCAGUUGCUUGUGUGAUGAAAUCACGUACUAGAAACACAUGAUAAUGUGUGUUAAUGCUACGGUGUCUUCAGCGGCUCAGGGUAGAUGGUAUUUAGAGAAAGUUGCGGCAUCACACACACGCAAUUUUUGGGUGAGUGGUCUUACUAAUUACGUCACAGACUUUAACACUGACUUUAACAACGCCAAAAUGUGACUGUUGAGAAUCUUUUAAAUUGAAAAACAUCAUAUGUGUAAUGCAUGGCACAAAUCAAACGGGUUAAAAAUAGAAGGUACAUAUUUCUUCCGAAAUAAGGUUAGUUUAGAGGGGACACCAGAAUGGGCGUGGCUCUAUACAGUAGUACUUUUAUUUCACUCCGAGAAUAUUCCUGUGUAGGUCUGGUGGUAUUCACUGAACUCUCUGUAAAACACUGUUGCAUGUUCCUAUUUUGUCAAGCAAUGCAAUCAUCUGCUUACAUUCCAAACAACCCAAGUACAGUAGCGAAACAUGCGCCUAUGCCAAUGUUUUAUACUAAUAAUCUGUAUAGUUCCUAGUUUUGUAUAAGGCAGUCUUUUCUGUUCGAAGGGGACGGUUGUACUUGCCAAACUGAUUGUAAGAAUCGUGUGGAUUGGUCCCAUCGCUCUGUUGCCGUGCCUUGAUGACUAAUUGUAUCCUAUGUGUGACAAUCCAGCAUGGCCUGAAAUAUGCUGCAUGGACCGAGAACUAAAGUGCAGGGAAGUGGAAUAUAGAGACACCAAUGUAACUCAACACUAUGGUUUACAUCCCCUCCUCACCAUACAACACAAGGCGUGUCAAUGCCACUCAUUACUGUGACCAUCACCCUCACUAUUAUUUUAUCCUUGUUUUCCAUGGUAUUUGUAUUCGAGGUGGAUUUGUUUUUUUAUGUUUUCCUCAUUCGACUUGCAUAUUAUUUAUUUGACUUUGUCUUUCUCAGGCUUUUUGAUUUUGGUCAGAUUACUUAUUUUGUAACACGGUUGUUAUCUGUAUUUGACUGUCCUAUUCUGAGACAAAGAGUGGAGGGAUGAAACAUUACCUAUUUUCCUUUAAUAAUGUGUAUAUGUACCUUAUUCUAAGGCAUAUAUUUCAACGCUGUGCCCAAAACUAACCAGGAACUAUUAUAGCAACAUGACUUGUGCUGUUUAAACUCGACCACAAUGCAAGUAAUGACAGUUGGACUGUAAAUUAUUUGAGCAACAUGCGACACAUCUUCCCUAUUCAAUUAUAUUCAUUUGUAAUCCACACAAAGCAUAUGCUACACCAUUAAAUAACAAGCAUUCUUGAUUUAA